AAAUGUAAAUGAGGAAUUAAUAGAUGUGUAAGCCAUCUGUUUUGUUUUCCGCCCUUCCUCUCGUCUUUUGUCAGGUGAUUUCUCAGCUGUAAUGCUGAGCUGUAACAAGGGAUUGUGAAAGAUGGAAGAGUUCAGGCACACAUGAUGGGAGCUGCACGCGUGAAAUGCCACUUCAGUGCUGUGGUAGAUGGGCCAGUGGAGGAGGUCAUGAAGCUGCCACAAAGUGCUGCAGAUACUGCAAAGGCAGGCGGGGGCCCGACAGGGUCACAGACUCCGACCCGUCUCUCACCAUCUCACACCCUCAGUGGCAAAGCUAUACCCUAUCAGAGCAACAUCAACAAUGCACGGAGGCACAGCUCCAUUAUCGAGUCAGUCAGAGGAGCUGGAGGAGGAGAAGCUGAGUUGAGAACAGGAGUAACAUCCUUAGGCAGAAGGAGUGAAAGAAGCUUUUCUGUGGGAGGAAGAGGGGAAGGCCGUUCAUGCUCGGACCAGGACUCUCUUUCUCCCCCCUCCACUGCCAGCCGCCAGCAGAGUAGGCGCAUGAGCCGCCAGCCCCGACAACGCUUUGUGGGCAAGGACGGACGCUGCAACGUCACCUUUGUCAACAUGAGCGAGAGGGGCCAGCGGUACCUUAACGACCUCUUCACCACCUGUGUGGACAUCCGCUGGCGCUGGAUGAUGGUUAUCUUCACUCUCUCCUUCCUUCUCUCCUGGCUGCUCUUUGGAUUUGCCUUCUGGUUCAUUGCUUCUGCACAUGGGGACUUUUCCACCCGGCUUUCCUCCAGUUCAAGCACUUCUCCGGGAACAGGAAAACCUGGGUCUGGAGGGCUGUCUGAUCGAGAGCCAGUGGUUGAGGAGCUGUGCUUCCUACAGGUGAACAGCUUCAUGGCAGCCUUUCUAUUCUCCUUGGAGACGCAGACAUCCAUCGGUUACGGAUUCCGAAGCGUGACCGAAGAAUGUCCCCUGGCGGUGGCGGCGGUCAUUUUGCAGUGCAUUGUGGGCUGCAUUAUUGACGCCUUCAUCGUCGGGGCAGUCAUGGCAAAGAUGGCCAAGCCCAAGAAACGCAACGAGACGCUGGUGUUCUCCAACACAGCUGUUGUCGCGUUAAGGGAUGGGAAACUGUGCAUGAUGUGGAGAAUUGGGAAUCUACGCAAGAGCCACCUGGUGGAAGCGCAUGUCCGAGCACAACUAAUGAAGCCAAGGGUGACACCAGAAGGAGAGUUUCUACCACUAGACAAUGUGGACAUCAAUGUAGGUUUUGAUAAUGGCACCGAUCGCAUCUUCUUGGUAUCUCCAGUGACGAUUAUCCAUGAAAUCAACAACAGUUCACCCUUCUUUGAAAUGGACCGCAAAGCACUGGAAAAUGACUCUGAGUUGGAGGUGGUGGUCUUACUUGAGGGCUUGGUGGAAGCCACAGCCAUGACUACUCAGUGCCGGACCUCCUACGUAGCUUCUGAAAUCCUUUGGGGACACCGAUUUGAACCAGUUCUCUUUGAGACGAUAGAUGGCUACCAGGUGGACUACUCAUUCUUCCAUCAGACCUACGAGAUCACCAGCACACCUCCGUGCAGUGCUAAAGAACUUGCAGAGCAAAUGUAUAUUCAAAGCUCACAAUCUUCAGUCUGCUAUGAGAAUGAAGUGGCUCUGCAGCUCGCCUACCAAACCUCUGACCCGGACCGAGAACACGAGUGUCCGUCUCCACCAUCAAGAAGACCAUCCCUCUUAGAACAUCACUGCAACUGACGUCUCUGGAUAAGGACUAGAGAGGCAAGCUCAGGCAAAAAUA